UAGUUGAGUAAAAAAUCAUCAAUUCAAACAAUCAAAUCUAACAGUUAAUUGUGAAAAUUUUUGUUUUUCUUCAUUUUGAGCCGAAGAAAAAAAAAUUAAAUCAAAAUAUUGACUUUUAAUUGUCUCCCAAGAAUUGGCAAUAUGUUAACAACAAACAAUUUCAAUCUACUGAAGAAAAAGUAAUUUACCAUUUAAAUUGCAGAGUUUACAAUCUAAUUUGUCAGUUAAUUGUUACACCUAAGAGAAAGUAAAAAAUUGAUUACGAAUUUCGAAUCGAAUUUGUUGUUUUUUUUUGUUCGAAACAAAAAAACAAAACAAAAUCUCGUCGAUUUAUCAACAAUUUUGCUCAUGUGCCCAUAGACUUUUCCUAUGUAUUUCUCCUCCUACAAUCUCUUUAAGACUCCACCUUUUUCCUCUGGCAAAUGAUGAUUUUUUUGGCUGUUUCUCUCUCUCUCUCUCACUCUCUCAUACUCUCACUAUUCCUUCAUCAUCAGUACAUUCAUAGAUCUUGACCUGGUCGAGUGUGUGUUUACCUCUCACUUUUUGUUUUCCAUUUUACAAGAAAAGUACAAAAACCAUAUCGAAGUUAAAAGUUCGUAACAACAGUUAACUCACCGAAACAACAACAACAAAAUUAUUGCAAAAAGUGAAUUCGUUCAUCGUGUGCGUGCGUAUCUCGGACAGUUGUGUACACCUUUUACUCUCUUCUCUUGACCACCACCACCACCUCUUCCCUCUGCUAUUUUUUCCUCCUCCUUAUCAUCAUCUUUCUCUCUUUCUCUUGCUCUCUCUUUUACCUUUCUUACCUUUUAUCUUCAUCUUCAUCUUCCUCUUAGUCUCCUCCUUUGCUACCUUUCUCUUUCUCUCUUUUUGUCGAACAAAAAAAAAGAAAGAGAAUGAAUUUGCGAAAAAAUAAGAAACCACCUACACCGGAUCUAAAUAUGAGUACGAACUCAGUUGCUCUUUACCAUCCAGUGAGUGAUGUUUAUCGACGAGGUCCAAAGACCAAAAGAAAACCCUUAAUAGUACAAGAUCAUCAAUCGUUAACCUCAACAUCGGCAUCAACCUCAUCAUCAACCACAAACGCUACAACAACGACGACAACAACAACAACAACAACUUCAACAAUGUCAAUAUCAAUGUCACCACCAAAUUCAAGUUCACCUUCAAUCGAUUCAAUUAAAUCAUCAUCACCUUUCCCAUUAAUCGCCAAUAAACCAACAACUCUACCUCUCCCAUUAUUAACCACAACACUUUCAUCAUUUCGUGACUCAAAAUCAUCUUCAUCCUCAUCAUCUAAUAACAACAACAACAACAACCGAUUAUCAUCAUCGGUAAAUCGACCUCGUCGUUAUAAGUGUAAACAAUGUGAAUAUAUUGCCAUAUCUAAGCACGAUUUUUGGACCCAUCGUCCAGUUCACAUUAAACGUGAGAAACAAUUAACCUGCCCUAAUUGUCCCUUCGUAACCGAGUUUAAACAUCACUUGGAAUACCAUUUACGUAAUCAUUUCAAUUCCAAACCUUUUCUGUGCUCAUUUCCCGGUUGUAAAUAUACUUGUGUCAACAAAUCAAUGUUAAAUAGUCACCUUAAAUCACAUUCGAGUGUUUAUCAAUUCCAAUGUAAGGAUUGUUCCUAUGCGACAAAAUAUUGUCACUCCCUUAAGAUGCACCUUCGUAAACACAAACAUCAGCCCUCACCGGUACUAAAUUUAGACGGAACCGUUAAUCCAUAUCCGAUAAUUGAUGUCUAUGGUACUAGAAGAGGACCUCGACCUAAAAGGAAACAAUCAUCAUCAUCUUCAUCAUCAUCACACAAUCAACAAAACCAACAAAACAACAACAACAACAACAAUAAUAAUAAUAACAAUUUACAAUCUAAAUCAUUGAAUCAAGAAACUUCCUCAUCUAAGAAACAACAUCAACCGUUAUCAUCAUCAUCAUCUUCAACUGCAUCUUUAUCAAUGGCAACUAUGUCAAUAUCAAUGUCCCCACCUAAUUCAUCAUUAUCACAUUCACCUAUUCAAUUAUCAACCUCAACUUCAACCUCGACAUCAACAACAACACCAACAUCAUCAUCUACUACAAUUACUAGAAAUAAUAAUAAUAAUAAUAUUAAAUCAACUCCUUUCCCUCAAAUAGCCAAUGAACCUACAACUUUACCUUUACCUCUGUUGACCACAUCACUUUCAUCACUUCGAGAUUCAAAAUCAUUCUCAUCAUCAUCUUCUUCUUCAUCUUCUUCCUCUUCCUCUUCAUCAUCAAGAACAGCAACAAUGUCGAUAUCAAUGUCCCCACCAAAUUCAUCUCUCUCUCAUUCACCCAUUGAACUCACAGUCAAAUCAUCACCUUAUCCCUCAUCCCUGACAGGUAAACCACCUCAUCAUCUACCUCUUCCACUCUUAACCUCCCUUUCGAGUCACGAUUUUUGGACCUUCAGUGAGGACGUUCCCCUGGACUUGACCAGUAAAAAUAUCACAAAUAAUAACAAUAAUUAUUGUAAAUGUAAAUAUUUGUCAUAAUAAUAAUACAUGUUAAGUGUAUUUGAAACACACACACACACA